AUGUUUGAAGGUCUGAAUGAAGUCUUUCUGAUACUGUCAAUAGUGGAGGGGCUCAUUGGAAUACUGGGGAAUGUGUUCAUUGGAGUCGUCAACUGCUAUGAAUGGGUCAAGGACCACAAGAUCUCCCUGGCUGACUUCAUCCUCACCUGCUUGGCUCUCUCCAGAAUCAUUCAACUGCUGGUAUAUUUGCUUGAGUCUUUUCUAAUGGGACCAGCUGGGUAUAGGUACCUCACAUAUGAACUAACAAGGCUUUUUAGCUUGCUCUGGAGAGUAACUAAUCACUUGACUACCUGGCUGGCUACCUGUCUAAGCAUUUUCUACUUCCUGAAGAUCGCUAAGUUCUCCCACUCUUUUUUCCUUUGGCUGAAGUGGAGAAUGAAUAAAGUGGUUCUUAUGAUUUUUAUCUCUUCUUCCGCUAUUCUGAUUUUUGACUUUCUUUUGCUAGAAAGUUUUUUCUAUAAUGAAUUUUUGGGAAGGAAUCUGACUUCGUAUUCAAAUGACAGAAAAAUUGUCAAUGUUAACAUUCUGAUUGUUCUUAGCAUGACCUAUGUUAUCCCCUUCCUCCUGUCCCUGACCUCCUUGGUCCUUUUAUUUCUGUCCCUGCUGAGUCACACCAGGAAUCUACAGCGCAACUGCAUGACUUCCCGGGACUCCAGCACCCAGGCCCAUAAAAGGGCCAUGACAGUGAUACUGUCUUUCCUCCUCCUCUUUAUGGUUCAUUUUAUUUCCAUGCAAUCGGCAAAUUGGUUGUUUUCUAUGUUCUGGAGCAACAUGUUUACAAGGUUUCUCAUGUUACUAAUAUAUGUCUUUCCCACUGGCCACUCGUUUAUUUUGAUUCUGGGAAACAAGAAGCUCAGACAGACAGUUCAGAAAGUACUGUGUUACCUUAAAACCUUAUUGAAGAGAAAAUCGUCAGCUUUACAGAUAGACUUUCCAGAGUCUUUUCAAAGACUUAAUGAGAUUUUGAGACCCAAUUUUCUCGUCUCCCUGACGUCCACCCCCCCAUACUUUUCUUUAGUCAUUGUUGAGCAUAACUGGAAUUUUCCUUAG